AUGAUAUCGCCCGCUACGUUGAGCGUGCGUCUAGCUCCCUUCAAGGAGUAUAUGUUCAAACGGGUCCCUUGUGUCGAUUUUACGAGCGCAAAUUUUGCCAGCCUCGGUUCUAUCAUAGUCCCAAAUUCAACGGCGCAGACUUACUGGAUUACUGGAUACAACGGUCCUACGCCAGAAACUCAAAGAGUUGUCAAUAGUGUCGCGACACAGGGUACAAUCUUGCCAAUAGAGCCUCCAGCGGUCAAUUCCUCGUGGUCAGUGGAAUUUUAUGGACCUACUAUUGUCUGUGACCACGUGAACCACACCCUUGCCGAUUAUAUCACUCAAAAUGUUGCUCAAGCUAUCAACGGAUCCAAGAUGAUUACAGAGGCAGGAACACCGACCUUCAGGAUGUACGACUAUCUUUCUUGGGCACCAGAGUCAGAAGAUCCGAUUGAUUCCACUCCUUUCCGUCAGGUUCAGGGAAAUGGGAGUGAUACGUACACGCAACGGUUGGUUCAACUUGGUCCCCUGCUCAAGGAUCCGGACAAUCCAUUCGUAAGGGUCUUGACUCCAGCAAAGCCUUUCAUUGACGGGCCACCCCUGUCUCUGUUUGUUGCCGUCUUUCCGCAUGCUUUGGAAUAUACCGAGUAUAAUAAAGUUGUGGAGAAUGUGGACAGCAUUGUACAGAAAUCAACGAUUCUCCGUUGUCUGCUCCACAAUGCGUCAUACCAGGCCGAUCUCACCUACGUCAAUAGAGACCAGACAGUCAACGUGACAGACCGGACAGUCCUCAACGGCGUUAGCUUCAUUGAGGGUGUUGCCAACACCGACUUCGAUAAGCGUAUAUUUUCAAAUAUUUCGUUUAUACACAACCCUCAGCUCAUGGAGUCUCUGUCUUAUCAAUCUAUAAUGGAUGCAUUCGGUACUCUACUAGUUGGAUCGAUCAGUACCGAGAUAGCUGUAGUUAUAAACCGGAAAGGCAGUCACAACACAAGCCUUUCAAACACAGACAGCCCGAACACCACUAUCGCAUCAACGACAUUGAUGGAUACGGAAGAGAUGAGAUUCAUUCAAUCUGCCACAAGCUUGGGUCCUAAAAGUCCAUUUGUGGAUUACUGGAACGGGAGAUCUGUCAGCUCGUCCAGUGAUUCUUCUCUUCUAUUAUCCAAAGCCCUUGAAGAACUUUUCCAGAACAUCACGUUUUCGCUUAUGAGCUCCAAAAUGUUCCAGUAA